AUGGCUAGAAGGGUGGAUUUAGUUCUAUGUCUUGUUGCUUUAGUGGCUGCUUCUUUGGGUGUCGAGGGUAGGGAUGUUAGUAAGAUUCAUGAUGUAGAUGUGAAAAAGCCAGAGACGUUUUUGGGUGGAGUUGGUGGUGGUGGGGUGUUUGGUGGCAUAGUAGGGUGGAAGAAGGGGUGGGGUGUUGGGAUUGGGAAGGGUGUUGGGUUUGGGAUUGGGAAAGGAAUUGGGUUUGGGAUUGGAGCUGGCAAGCCUGAUUGCUACGGGAAAGGAGGACUAGGUGGUGUAGGUGGUGGUUCCGGAGGUAGUGUAGGUGGUGGUUCCGGAGGUGGAGUUGGUGGUGGUGCAGGAGGUGGUGCUGGUGUUGGUGGUGGAACUGGUGGUGGUGUUGGAGGUGGUGCUGGUGGUGGCACCGAAGGUGGUGUUAGUGGAGGACAUGGGAAGGGUGGCUACUAUGGAGGUGGUGCUGGUGGUGGCACUGGAGGUGGUGGAGGACAUGGAAGUAAGGGAGGAAGUACAGGUGGAGGGGUAGGAGGAGGUUCAGGAGGAGGAACUGGUGGUGGUGUAGGUGGAGAUAUUGGCAAAGGAAUUGGUGGAGGAAUAGGCAAAGGAAUUGGAGGUGGUAUAGGUAAAGGUAUUGGUGGAGGAAUAGGUGGAGGAAUUUGGAAGGGAGUUGGAGGAGGCAUUGGAGGUGGCAUCGGUAAAGGAAUUGGAGGUGGAAUUGGUGGAGGUAUAUGGAAAGGAGUUGGUGGAGGCAUUGGAGGAGGCUACCAUAAAGGGAUAGGAGGAGGAAUUGGAAAAGGAAUUGGUGGUGGAGUAGGAGGAGGUGUUUACAAAGGUAUUGGAGGUGGAUUCAGUAAAGGGAUUGGUGGUGGAGUAGGAGGAGGUGUUUACAAAGGUAUUGGAGGUGGAUUCGGUAAAGGGAUUGGAGGAGGAAUUGGAAAAGGGAUUGGUGGUGGAGUAGGAGGAGGUGUUUACAAAGGUAUUGGAGGUGGGUUCGGUAAAGAGAUUGGAGGAGGAAUUGGAAAAGGAAUUGGUGGUGGAGUAGGAGGAGGUGUUUACAAAGGUAUUGGAGGUGGAUUAGGUAAAGGGAUUGGAGGAGGAAUUGGAAAAGGAAUUGGUGGUGGAGUAGGAGGAGGUGUUUACAAAGGUAUUGGAGGUGGAUACGGUAAAGGUAUUGGAGGAGGAAUAGGAAAAGGUACUGGCGGUGGCAUUUGGAAGGGAGUUGGUGGUGGAAUUGGAGGCGGUGUUGGUAAAAAGUUUGAAGGAGCAACUGUUGUUGCCCACAAAUCACCAUCACAACACUGA